GACCAGGGCGGGGGCCCGAGCCCCGCGCUGGGAGAGAGCGCUGCGCCCCCAGCCCUGCGGUUGGCCGGCCCGCCCCCUCGUCGGAGAGGCGGGAGGAGGCGGCUCUUCAUUGGUCCGGCCCGUCGGCCAAUCCCCGAAGGCCCGGGAGAGGAGGAGGGGGCAGUUCGUGGCGGACUCGGGAGCGGAGCGGGAGGCUCUGCGGGACCCAGUCGGACCCAGCAGCCGAGGCACCGCCCGCGCUCCGCCGCCGCGUCUGGGCGUCUCCUGCGCCGCCCAAGGGAGCGAGCUUCGAGCAUCUCGCGCUGCGGCCACUCCUCGGGGCCAGGAGCAGGGAAAACGAGUACUAGAACCCCCCCAGACUCGAGCGCAGCCUCUUUCCGCCUCCCGAACCACCAUGACCCACUUCAACAAGGGUCCUUCCUACGGGCUCUCGGCCGAAGUCAAGAACAAGAUCGCUUCCAAGUAUGAUCAUCAGGCUGAAGAAGAUCUUCGAAACUGGAUAGAAGAGGUGACAGGCAUGAGCAUUGGCACCAACUUUCAGCUGGGCUUAAAAGACGGCAUAAUCCUCUGCGAACUCAUAAACAAGCUGCAGCCAGGCUCAGUGAAGAAGGUUAAUGAGUCCUCUUUAAACUGGCCUCAGUUGGAGAAUAUUGGCAACUUUAUUAAGGCUAUUCAAGCUUAUGGCAUGAAGCCACAUGACAUAUUUGAAGCAAACGACCUUUUUGAGAACGGAAACAUGACCCAGGUUCAGACUACGCUGGUGGCACUGGCAGGUCUGGCUAAAACAAAAGGAUUCCAUACAACCAUUGACAUUGGAGUGAAGUAUGCAGAGAAACAAACAAGACGUUUUGAUGAAGGAAAAUUAAAAGCUGGCCAAAGUGUAAUUGGUUUGCAGAUGGGAACCAACAAGUGCGCCAGCCAGGCAGGUAUGACGGCCUACGGGACCAGGAGGCACCUUUAUGAUCCCAAAAUGCAAACUGACAAGCCUUUUGACCAGACCACAAUCAGUCUGCAGAUGGGCACCAACAAAGGGGCCAGCCAGGCGGGGAUGUUAGCACCAGGGACCAGAAGAGACAUCUACGAUCAGAAGCUAACAUUACAACCAGUGGACAACUCGACGAUUUCUCUACAGAUGGGAACCAACAAAGUUGCUUCCCAGAAAGGAAUGAGUGUGUAUGGGCUUGGGCGGCAAGUGUAUGAUCCGAAAUACUGUGCUGCUCCCACAGAACCUGUCAUUCACAAUGGAAGCCAAGGAACAGGAACAAAUGGGUCUGAAAUUAGUGAUAGUGAUUAUCAGGACAAAGACGAUGAAGAAGAAGAAGGUCCAUCAGCCUUACCGUUUAUUCUGUGA